CAGGCGUGCAGCAUUUUUGGCUCCGCACACAAAACCCCAAAGAUCUGCACGGCCGUGCAUGUGGGUCCAGCCCUUUUCGCCGACUUAACUGGCGGGGAAGGACUGGAGGAAUUAGACUCACCCGAUCCGUCGCAAGACCAUUCUGGUUCACAGUCAUGACCAAGGAUCAAACAGAACGCAUGCCGGAGCACCUACCGGACAAGAGCCAAAACUGCAAUGCAUAAAAAAACUCUAGUUGCAAGUAAUAAGGCUUUAGACGGGCCGAUGGGCUAGGGACGCAGAGCCUGCAAGGGGCUAUGCGGAUUACGACAUGGGGACUUGUCACCGUGCUGCUAAUGGUGCUGGACUGGACCCGGCCAGGAUCGCCCGCUGCAUUGAGGCCCAUCUGUGACCCACUUGUCCUGGAACGCUUCAUCCGGGAGUCCCAUGACACUGAGGUUGCUAUGGGGACGUGCCGGGACAGAUGCCGCUUGUCCGAGUUGCUUACUGUUCCACGGACCAGUGUCGACUUCGCCGCCUGGGAAAGGAAAGAUGUCCAGGAGCAAACCCAGGAGGUUCAGGAAGGACUGCGGCUAUUGGGGAAAGCAAUCGACAGAGCGAAGGCGUCCGUCUCUGACACAGCUCUCAUCGGCCUCCUGGACAGCAGCUACGACAACAUUCAUAGCAUCAAACAGGUGAUCCGCAGUCUCGACAUGCAGGAUUGGUCCCCCUCCUCCAGAACGUGGGACACUUGGGACGUGUCCUCCUUGCCAGAACUCUUCCGUGUCCAUACCAACUUCCUGCGAGGCAAAGUGCACCUCCUUCUGAGCCGCGCGCCAGCCUGCCAUCAAGAACAUCGCUGACCUGGAGCUUCUGUAGGCUUGGACUGGAUAUGAAUGGGGCAGCCAGUGACUGGCCAAAUUCAGGAAGGUUCUCUUCCCCCAUCUCUCGCUGCAUGGGACAAAUGAUUACAUUUUGAGAUGGGAACUUGGGAGAGUACAGACAGUACCUGAUAUGUCCUGUCUUGAAGCUGUUCUGAAGCUUAGUUGCCUUGACAUCCAGCUGUUCCAGACCUCAGUUGCCAUGAAAACUAAACUGUUCCGAAGCUCAGCUGUCCUGAACCUCAGUUGCCAUGAAACUAAUUUGUUCCGAAGCUCAGUUGCCUUGACGCUCAGCUGUCCUGAACCUCAGUUGCUAAGAAACUAAACUGUUCCGAAGCUCAGUUGUUCUGAACCUCAGUUGCCAUGAAACUAAUUUGUUCUGAAGCUCAGUUGCCUUGAUGCUCAGCUGUCCUGAAUCUCAGUUGCUAAGAAACUAAACUGUUCUGAAGCUCAGCUGUCCCGAAGCUCAGUUGCCAUUAAGCUCAGCUGUUCUGAACAUCAGCUGCCUUCAAACUCUGUUCUAAAGCUCAUUUGCCCUGAAGCUCAGCUAUCUUGUGAUGUGUUUAUCUAGCAUCACUUUUACCAUGGUUUCUUACGUCUGUACUCUGUACUUGUGUGUUUUGUUUUUAGAGUUAUUUUUAUAUAAAUUUUAAUAAUAAUCUUUAUUUUUCUAUAUUUCUGUAAAGCUUGGGGUUACAUGAGUUGACUGUAUGUGAGAGAGAAGCAGGCAUUAUUGCAAAUCAUUGAUAUUUGUAUGUACUGUUACAAUGGUGUUUUGCUAAAGUGUCGGUAUGUGUACCGCGUGCGCCUUCUCUCACCUGAAUGCCCUGAUUGUCGUAGCCUGCCUCUCCCUGGAAGGACGGGAAGGCCUCAUAACCCUAACCGAGCUCACGCCUAGGAAAGGAUAGGCCUAACUUUGUUGCCAAUUUACUUUAUAAAUGACUAUUUGUUUUUACUAGGAUACAUUUAUUUAAGAGGUGUACAGUUUUGUUUACUGUUUGAUUUAUUUUUUCCUUCAGAAUUUAGCACUUUACACAUUUGUGGGGAUCAUCUGCCUCUAAUCCCCCAAAUUGAAUGAUAAGGGGAUGGCGCCAGCACCCCCCAAGCCCAACCCAGUCCGUAUAAUAUACGUAUCAUACUCUGUAUAAAAAGUGCAGUAAAACUGUUUCAAACUUUUUGUAAGAAAUCCACAAUCCAUUCUACCACAGGCAGCUCAAGGCUUUUCUCCCAGGGGGUCGAAGGUGACAGAGCAUAAGCAGGCAUUCAUUGAAGGCCAUGCCAAGCUGAGCUCCACGCAAAAAGAGUAAACACAUUUUAAAUAAAUUAUUUCUACAAAUUGAUAUAACACA